AUGGAGUCAGAAACCCUCAAUGUCUUUGGACCAAACAUUUCCACUGCUGAAGGUCAAGACUGGCAGAGACAGAGAAAGCUCACUGCUACUCCAUUUAAUGAGCAGAAAAGUCCUCUAGUAUGGAAUGAAUCUCUUCGCCAAGCGGAAGAUAUGUUGCGCUCUUGGUGCUCUCGGAGUCAAGAUGGGAUUACCACAACACCGGAUGAUACCAGGACAUUGGCCCUACAUGUACUUGCAUAUGUAGCCUUUCAAAAAUCAUAUCCGUUUGAUACUAUCUCACACAGCACAGCUGUGGACCAAACUUCUUUAACUUAUCGGGAUUCUAUCGCCAUCAUUCUAGAAAAUAUUCUCCUCAUUAUGGUUCUACCGGAGAAGGUAUUCACUCUACCAUUCUUGCCACGAAACUUUCAACAAGUUGGCUGGGCUAUCACUUCAUUCCGUGAAUACAUGACAGCUCAAGUAGCAGCCGAACGAGAAUUAAUCCGGAACGGCGAGGCCGGUACAGGUAACCUGGUCAGUAACUUGGUUCGCGCCUCAGACGAAGGCCUAGCAAUAAGCUCAGAAUCUGAUAACAGCAGCAAACUCAAGCCUUUAACCAACUCCGAAAUUCUCGGUAACAUCUUCGUUUUCAAUUUUGCUGGACACGAUACGACUGCUAUAUCACUUGCUUAUGGCAUGCUUCUAUUAAUUGCACACCCUGAAGUUCAAGAUUGGGUUCAUGAAGAAAUUGCACACUAUGUAGGAGAUCAAGACCCUAAAUCACUGGCAUAUAAUGGAAUUUUUCCCAAACUCAAACGAACUCUUGCAGUAUUACUCGAAACUCUGCGUCUUUACAAUCCCCUUCCUGGUGUACCUAAAUAUACCGGUUCCAAAUCCACCGACCUCACAAUAAACAAUCGCACUUAUCAUAUUCCUGCCAAUUACCUAGUAGUUCCCCACCUCCAAGCCUUACACACGCAUCCACGGCAUUGGGGCAGCGACUCCCUGAUAUGGCGCCCACAAAGAUGGAUCGAGCAUCCAGGGAACCUUGGGCAAGAAACCCUAUUCAAUCCACCGAAAGGGACAUAUUUCCCAUGGUCAGAAGGAAUGCGAAAUUGUCCUGGCAAAAAAUUCACACAGGUUGAAUUCGUGGCAACGUUGACUGCACUCUUCAUGAAUCAUAUUGCGGAGCCUGUUCCCAUGGCGAAUGAAUCGGUUGAUGCGGCUAGGAAGCGGACUUUGGAUAUUGUGCGGGAUAGUAAUGUGGAGUUGUUAUUGCAGAUGGCGAAUCCGAGGAAUGUAUCAAAACUCACAUUUAAAGCCAUCUAG